CCAUUAGUAUCAACGCAGACUUUUGCGAUUUUCCAAUGUAGGCCGAGACUAUACAUGGGAAUCAUAUUUGGUACAGAGUUAACUUGUAUAGUCAAAUCACCAUGCCUCUGCCAAAGACAGAUGAAUGUUCAGAUGUCCAGGUUUACUUCACAGCCAAUGAAUGGGCAGAUAUCAGCGAUUACGAAAGGAUCUGUAUCCAGAAUGUCAAGGAAAACUAUGAGAUGAUGAUAGAAGUUGGGGUACAGGUCAACCCACCAAUGUUCAUGCAACGUCAGCAGAUAUUACAUAAAGAGAUAAUAGAGGAAAGUGAGGAUAAGGGGACAGAGACAAGAGGGUCUUCUGACGUUCAUAAUCAACAGGGAAAUACAUGUCAUACAGUGCAGAAUGAGUUACAUAAAGAGAAUUUGAAUACAUUCACCAUAAAAGUAGAAGCCGAGUAUGAUGAUGAUGGCCAUCUGCUAGUUGAGGCUAAUCAUGAUGCAGAAGGGAAAAUUACUGAUCUGGAAUGGAAGAACUAUGAUCAAAUUACCCUGACACAAACCAAUCCAAUAUUAUCAGGUGAUCUUAGGACCAUGUCAGGUGAUCUUGUCUCUCCGUCAUGUGAUCAGAAGGCAGAAAUAUGUGAGGCUAAUCACAAUGCAGAAGGGAAAAUCAAUGAUCUUGAAUGGAAAAACUGUGAUCAUAUUACCCAGACACAAACCAAUCCAAUAUCAUCAGGUGAUCAGAGGACCAAGUCAGGUGAUCAGAAGGCAGAAAUAUGUGAGGCUAAUCACAAUGCAGAAGGGAAAAUCAAUGAUCUUGAAUGGAAAAACUGUGAUCAUAUUACCCAGACACAAACCAAUCCAAUAUCAUCAGGUGAUCAGAGGACCAAGUCAGGUGAUCUCAUUCUGUCAUGUGAUCAGAAGGCAGAAGAAGCUUCAGGAGGCAGCCAUGCUCCAACCCAAUUCCAAUCCAUAUGUGAAAAGGAUUCUGGACUCUACAGAUGCGAGUAUUGUGGAUCAGUCUAUGCUAUUCCUCUCAUCUUAGCAAGGCAUCUCAAGUACAAACAUGGGCUUAAUGGUGUUGUCUUGCCAUCGUAUGCAUCAAAGGAACGCAUUCUACAAUUUGUUGAAGGAGAAAUACAAAAAUCCAUGUGUGAUAUUAAUGAUUUUACACAUGGUGAAAAGAUAAUUUUGAAAUCAGGAAAUAAGGAAAACAUAAUACUUGAAAAGAAACCUUAUACAUGCAAUCAGUGUGGUAAGGCAUUUAUUUCUGCAAAUCAUCUCACAACACAUGAACGCAUCCAUACAGGUGAAAAGCCCUAUGUGUGUGAUCAAUGUGGUAAGGCUUUUCAUCAAAUAUCCAAUCUCAAAGUACACAAACUUAUCCAUACAGGUGAGAAACCAUUUGUAUGUAUUAAAUGUGGUAAGGCAUUUAACACAAAACAGAGUCUCAUAACACAUAAACGAGUCCAUACUGGUGAGAAGCCCUUUGAGUGUGAUCAGUGUGGUAAGGCAUUUAGUGAUGGAAGUUCAUUGAGAAGACACAAGCAGAUCCAUACAGGUGAGAAGCCCUAUGUAUGUGAUCAAUGUGGUAAGGCAUUUCAUGAUAUAUCCAAUCUCACAAGACAUAAACGAAGCCAUACAGGUGAGAAGCGCUUUGUAUGUGACAAGUGUGGGAAGGCAUUUCUUGAAAAAUGCAAUCUCACUUUACACAAACGAAUCCAUACAGGUGAAAAGCCCUAUGUAUGUGAUCAGUGUGGUAAAGCAUAUAACCAUGAAUAUACUCUCAUAACACAUAAACGAGUCCAUACUGGUGAGAAGCCCUUUGAGUGUGAUCAGUGUGGUAAGGCAUUCAGUGUUGCAAGUUCAUUGAGAAGACACCAGCAGAUCCAUACAGGUAAGAAGCCCUAUGUUUGUGAUCAAUGUGGUAAGGCAUUUCAUGAUAUAUCCAAUCUCACAAGACAUAAACGAAGCCAUACAGGUGAGAAGCCCUUCGUAUGUGACCAGUGUGGGAAGGCAUUUCUUGAAAAAUGCAAUCUCACUUUACACAAACGAAUCCAUACAGGUGAAAAGCCCUAUGUAUGUGAUCAGUGUGGUAAAGCAUAUAACCAUGAAUAUACUCUCAUAACACAUAAACGAGUCCAUACUGGUGAGAAGCCCUUUGAGUGUGAUCAGUGUGGUAAGGCAUUUAGUAAAGAAAGUUCAUUGAGAAGACACAAGCAGAUCCAUACAGGUGAGAAGCUCUAUGUUUGUGAUCAAUGUGGUAAGGCAUUUCAUGAUUUAUCCAAUUUUACAAGACAUAAACGAAUCCAUACAGGUGAGAAGCCAUUUGUAUGUGACCUACCUGGUCAAGCAUUAUUUGAAAAAUCUGAUCUCAUAGUACACAAACGUAUCCAUACAGGUGACAAGCCCUGUGUAUGUGAUCAAUGUGGUAAGGCUUUUAGUCAAAUACAAGAUCUUACUAGACAUAAACAAAUCCAUACUGGUGAGAAGCCUUAUGUAUGUGAUCAGUGUGGUAAAGUGUUUAAUUGUGAAUAUACUCUUAAAACACAUAAACGCAUCCAUACUGGUGAAAAGCCCUAUGUCUGUGAUCAGUGUGGUAAAGCAUUUCUUAAAAUAUCCAACCUCACAAAACAUAAACGAAUCCAUACAGGUGAGAAGCCCUUUGUAUGUGACCAAUGUGGUCAGGCAUUUUAUGAAAAAUCCGAUCUCACAGUACACAAACGUAUCCAUACAGGUGAGAAGCCCUUUGUAUGUGAUCAGUGUGGUAAAGCAUUUAAUCGUGAAUAUACUCUUAAAACACAUAAACGCAUCCAUACAGGUGAAAAGCCCUAUGUAUGUGAUCAAUGUGGUAAAGCAUUUAAUGAAAUAUCCAACCUCACAAAACAUAAACGAAUCCAUACUGGUUAGAAGCCCUUUGUAUGUGAUCAAUGUGGUCAGACAUUUCUCGGAAAAUUUGAUCUCACAGUACACAAACGCAUCCAUACAGGUGAAAAGCCCUAUGUGUGUGAUCAAUGUGGUAAAGCAUUUCAUGAAAUAUCCGUUCUCACAACUCAUAAACGAAUCCAUACAGGUGAGAAACCCUUUAACUAUGUUCAAUGUGGUUGGAUGUUUAGUCAAAAAGGUAGCCUCACACUCCAUAAACGAGUCCAUACUGGUGAGAAGCCCUUUGAGUGUGAUCAGUGUGGUAAGGCAUUUAGAGAUGGAAGUUCAUUGAGAAGACACAAGCAGAU